AAACUUUGUUUCUUCUCGGUCUGUUGGCAGGAUAUCUCAGCACUAUUCUUACGGGAGGCGACGCCAAGAAAGUCCCUAUCAUCGGGGACACGCUUGCCCAUUUUGUGAAGAACAACGGAAAGCACGGCAGAGACGGCAGCAGCGAUCAGUUGGCGUCUCAGCUCGACAGUAUCAGGGAUGAGAUACAGCGAGCCGUACGCCGCAGAGACGAGAAUGUUACGGUUAUCUCCGACACAUCAGGGUCCGGUUCGUAUACCAUAUCAGCAAUUGUUGUUGCUGGGCUUAUCGGCUACGCAUACGUCAGGUGGAAGGGUUGGAAGAUUUCUGACAUGAUGUGGGUGACGAAGCGGGGUCUAGCCGAUGCCUGCGAUGUCGUGGGAAAACAGUUAGAUGGUGUUUCAAAUACAGUACAGGUUACUAAGAAACAUCUUUCCGGGAGGAUCGACCGGGUCGAUGCUAAUCUAGACGAAACACAAGAAAUUAUCGAAGGGACAAGGGAUGAGGUCGCAGUGAUCCAUGUGGAUCUGAGCGCCUUUCAGAAGGAGCUCCAAGAAGUCAGCCGUACUGUUGAAAUAUGGGGGUCAAGGCUGUCCGGUAUCGAGGACACCCAGGAUCGCACUGUCCGUGCGACAGAAGCGUUGGUUGGGUUCAGCCAACAACUGGAACAUGGCCAGAAUCCCAAUAUUCGCCAGGCAAGUCGGCCUAGCUUAUGCAAUACCUGAGGGGCAUGCAUGUUGCUUACAUGAUUUGCUAAUAAUGGGUCUGAAGAGACAUUUUCAAUUUUCAGGUCUCAUCGUUCCUUCCAGCUCUAGGAUCCUCAUCAGAGCAAAAGAUCAAAAUUUUGCCGCAGUCUCCUCUUGUAUCUCUUCAAACGGUCGCAUCAGUAGCCGAGCCUAGCGAGGACGAAAGCCAGGACAACCACAAGGCGUUGCCCUCGAGUGAAGGAAGCAUGAGGUGGAAGCUACCUGGACUUGGGCUUAGCUUUCUAAGGAGUUCAUCUGAUGUAUAGAUGAUGUUACUGGGAUGAGCUGUAGAACUCCACGGAUUUUCUUUUGGAAAUGCUCAUCUGUAUUUCCAGCGAGAUAACAUUUGAUUUCACUUAUAGUUAUGUGUGGCCUUGUGUAAAUAGGUAUACUCGCAAUAGUUGUCUUGAUUAUACAUUUACACCAUGGUAGAAGAUGUAAUCUUUUUAUGCCAAGGGAGAAUGAUAAACUCAUGUCGUUCCAUUUACAGAUGUAAUCAACUAGUUAACUUUUUCAGUUAUGCAAUGAAGUGCCAAUAGAUUUCAAAAAAUAAAAAAAACUAGUUAACUUCCAAGUUUGGAUUUCGUGUCAUUCUUGUUAGUGACUUCUUUUACUGAGAGGAUUUGUACAUUUUUUUACUAAUCGUUCAGGAACUUCACACCAUGAAAGCAUCUUUUUUCAUUUCGAUUGAGUUGC